UCGGUUUGCGUUCCGCUCGCUGCGCCUCCACACCACGACGCCCGGGGGCAGUGGGCGCCUUCAGGCCCUGGCAGCCUCUUUUCCUCGCCUCAGCUCGGUCUCCUUCGAAGGUUCGGACAGCUGAGACACGGCUGAGGAGCUCGGAAAAUUGGUGAUGGAGGGGAGGCCACGGAGGAGGUCGCGGGGCGGCGCACGCCCGGUACCCGGGCGGGUCCCCGAGUCCCGACCCCCCGCGGCCCGGCCCUCCGCGACAGCGCCCGCGGUGUCUUGGGGAGCGAUGCUCUGGCUCUUCCCCAGCGCCGCCGGGCUCCGCAGCGCGCUAUCCAAGAGGCCCGAGGCCACACGCCAGAUGUGCUGCACGCGCCGGCGCCUGGCGGUGCUGGAGCGCGGCGGGGCGGGCGUCGAAGUCCACCAGCUGCCGGCGGGGAGCGACGGCGCCAGGAAGCCGAAGUGCAUUAAGUUAGGGAAAAAAAUGAAGAUACAUUCCAUGGACCAAGGAGAAGAGCACAUGCUGGUUCUAUCCUCAGAUGGAAAACCAUUUGAGUACAAGUAUAGCAUAGAACAUGCAAGGUUUCAGUGCAUUUUACAAGAAAAAAAUAUAAUUCAGAUCACAUGUGGAGAUUAUCAUUCUCUUGCACUCUCAAAAGGUGGUGAGCUUUUUGCUUGGGGACAGAACUUAGAUGGCCAGCUUGGAGUUGGAAGAAUAUUUGCCUCAACUUCUACACCGGAGAUUGUGGAGAACCUCUCAGGAGUCCCCUUGGUUCAGAUUUCUGCAGGAGAAGCCCACAGCAUGGCCUUAUCCAUGUCCGGAAAUGUUUACUCUUGGGGAAGAAAUGAUUGUGGACAGCUGGGCCUGGGCCACACCUACAAUAAAAAUUCUCCUUCCUGUAUUGAAGCACUGGAUGAUCAGAAAGUUGAAUUUAUUGCUUGUGGUGGCUGUCACACUGCGCUGCUCACAAAGAGUGGACUGGUGUUUACUUUUGGUGAUGGAAAGUACGGGCAACUUGGUCACAAUUCAACAAAGAAUGAGUUAAGACCCCGUUUGGUAACUGGGCUUUUUGGAAAUAGAGUGACCCAGAUAGCAUGUGGACGGCAGCACACACUUGCCUAUGUUUCUGAUACGGGAAAGGUCUUUUCUUUUGGUUCUGGAAAAGAAGGACAACUGGGAAAUGGUAGGACACGUAAUCAGCUGAUACCACGUCCCAUGAAAUUGCCAUCAGGUGAAGAACUCAAAUCUGAAAGCAGCACCUCAGUAAAGGAGUUAAUAAUGGUUGCUGGAGGGAAUCAAAGCAUUUUGAUUUGGAUGGAAAAAGAGAAUUCCUAUGUGAAUCUGAGGAGGAAAAUUCCUACCUUGAAUGAAGGCACUGUAAAGAGAUGGAUUGCUGAUGUGGGGACUAAACGAUGGCAAAAUACAAAAAGGGAAAUAAGAGAGAUAUUUUCAUCUCCUGCAUGUCUGACUGGAAGUUUUUUAAGGGAAAGAAUAGAUGGAGAAAUGAUAUCUAUUCAUUUGGACUUGAAUACAGCAAGCAACACCUUUAAGGAAUUAACCCAAAAGGACUGGAUUACUAACACGAUAACCUCAUGUCUCAGGGAUAAUCUGCUGAAAAAUCUUCCAUUUAAUUCUCCACACCAAGAAGCUUUAGAAGUUUUCUUCCUUCUGCCAGAAUGUCCUGUGAUGCAUGAUAGUAACAACUGGGAGAGCCUGGUGGUUCCAUUUGCAGAAGCUAUUUGUAAAAUGAAUGACCAGAUGUCAGGGGUUCUGGAGGAAUAUUGGGCAUCUCUGAAAGAAUCUGUUUUCAUCAGUCUGGUCCAGAUGUUUAAAACAGCUGUCAUUGCUCAACUGCAUUAUUGGACUGAAAGUUCUGAGAAUAACGGUCACAUUAAAGCUCUCCUAGAAGUGUUGAAAAAGCUCUAUAGGGUAAACCAGACUAAAUGUCAAGUGCCUGAAAAUAUCUUUGAAAUAAAUGAACUCGCACAGUGGCUUGAUUUUUAUGUAGAUGCAUAUAGAAGGUCCUCCUGGAAAGCGGACUCAGACGUUUUAGUAGACGUCGAGUAUCCUGUCAUAUUCAGUCAUUUUCCAUUUAUCUUUAAUAUUCUGUCGAAAAUAAAACUACUGUAUGCAGACUCACUUUUAAAAAUACAGGAGAAGAAAUUUCGAGCUUGUAUGAGGUUGGCUGGCAUUGUGGACCAAGAACAGUCUGCAUUAUCUUCACUGCCCACCUUUAAUCUGAUAGUCAGAAGGAGUCACUUGAUUGAGGAUGUUUUUAAUCAGCUAAAUCAAUUUGAAAAUGAAGAUCUGAGGAGGGAGUUAAUGGUUUCAUUUAGUGGAGAAAUUGGAUAUAAUUUUGGAGGAGUCAGGGCAGAGUUUUUCUACUGUCUCUUUCAAGAAAUGACCCGGCCAGAAUACGGAAUGUUCACAUAUCCUGAAGAGGCUUCCUACAUGUGGUUUCCUGUCAGGCCUAAAUUUGAAAAGAAGAGUUAUUUCUUCUUUGGGCUUCUAUGUGGACUUUCUCUAUUCAAUUGUAAUGUUGCCGACAUCCCUUUUCCACUGGCUCUGUUUAAGAAACUUUUGGACCAAACGCCAUCACUAGAAGACUUGAAAGAACUCAGUCCUGUUUUGGGAGAGAGUUUGCAGACACUUCUGGAUGAUGAUGGCGAUGACUUAGAAGAAGUAUUUCACAUCCAUUUUAAUGUGCAUUGGGACAAAAAUGAUGUAGACUUAAUUCCUGAUGGAAGUCACGUAAUUGUUGACCAGACUAACAAGAGAGACUAUGUUUCUAAGUAUGUCAAUUACAUCUUCAACAUCUCUGUAAAGGCAGUUUAUGAGGAGUUUCAAAGAGGAUUUUACAAAGUGUGUGACAAGGAGAUUAUUGAAUUUUUCCAUCCUGAACAACUCAAGGAUGUGAUUAUCGGAAAUACAGAUUACGACUGGGAAACAUUUGAAAAGAAUGCACAUUAUGAACAUGGAUACGACAGUUCACAUCCCACCAUAGUGAUGUUUUGGAAAGCUUUACACAAAUUGACUUUGGAGGAAAAGAAAAAAUUCCUUGUGUUUCUUACAGGAACCGACAGAAUUCAAGUAAAAGGUUUAAAGAAUAUGAAAAUAACAUUUCACUGUCCUGAAAAUCUGAAUGAAAAAGAUCCCAUAAGAGCACAGACAUGUUUCAGUGUCCUCUACCUCCCUAAAUAUUCUACAAUGGAAAGAGUAGAAGAAGCACUCCAAGCAGCCAUCAACAACAAGAGAGGAUUUGGCUGACCUACCUCAUACUCUUUACCCCUUUUGGGAAAUACUUACAGAAAUAAAAUUAACUUAAAAAUUAACAUAAAAA